UGAAACUCUCUCUCUCUCUCUCUCUUUCUCUCUCUGCUUCUCUUCGGCAAAUGAGCAAUGGGAACCAAUACCAACACCAUAACCUUGAACCUUAACCUUAACCUCAACCUCCAACUCAGUCCAACUCGACCCAAAACCAAAAUCCUCUGCAAGAACAACUCCGCCUUCGAAGAAAACAAGCAAGUGAGCGUGGACUAUGACGAGGGCAAGCACUUAGUCUCCACGCACCUCACCGGCCUCAGGAAAGCCGAUAUUCAAAGACGCUACCGCCUCCGAGUCGAGGCCGACCGCUUCCAGAGGGACUGGACUUUGUCGGAAGUAGUCCAUGAAAUCCUCAGCCUCCGCCCUCAUGACGACAUUGAGGGCGUGUUGAAUCGCUGGAUUGGCCGCUUUGCCAGAAAGAAUUUUCCGCUUCUUAUCAGGGAGAUAACACAGAGGGGUUCUAUUGAACGUAGCAUUCAAGUUUUUCAGUGGAUGAAAAAUCAAAAGAACUAUUGUCCUCGGAAUGAUAUUUAUAAUAUGAUGAUCAGAUUUCAUGCUAGGCAUAAUCGGACAGAUCAAGCACGUGGUUUGUUUUUUGAGAUGCAAGAGUGGAGGUAUGCCUUUUGUUUUUGCAUCUUAUGUAUUUUCUCAGAUUAUCCUAUUACAGUAGGAAGCAGAUUGGUCAGAAAAGAAAUUCCUCUUGGUAAAUGGUAACAUGGCAGUAUUAAUUAUGA